AUGAAACCUCAUAAUGCUGUAGCAAGUAAUGUUUAUGAUAAUGCACAAGAAAGUGGAUAUGAGACUCAAGAAAAACCACAUCCACAUCAGCAACAAGCUUCGGUUCACACAAGUGAUGAUUGCGAUAACAAAAAACGAAAAUGUUCAUCAUUAGAAGAGCAUACCUUUGUUAGUAGUACAGACCCACUUAUCCCGUGUGUAUUAGCACAUUGGGGUUGUCGCGAUAAAAUACGCCGAUCUGAAGUACAUGAACAUUGUUUAACAAAAUUACAUCAAAAUUGUUUAUUAUUAUGUAUUCAUCAUUACGUUUUGACAAUUCACGCAGGAAUGAACAAUAUACAAAUAUCUGCUGAUCGAUCAAAACCGACGAAAACUGACAGUGAUCUAUCAUAUACAGAAUCUAUCAGUGAUUUAUAUGAACAAAAUACACAAUUGUACGAAACACUCACAAUUCUAACCGGUGGUAUUCAAACAUUGAUGCAAGACGCGACACGAAGUACUAAUGAUUUUGCGUAUUUAACCAGUUCUGUGAAUCAAUAUUGUCAAGAAAAAGUGAAGUUGCAGCAGGCAGUAGAAGAACAAGGCGUACAAUUGCGUAAUAUACAGAUGAAUCAAGAUAUCAUUCAGCAUGAAUUGACUUUGGCUAAACAAACGAUGAAUAAUUCACAGCAGGCGAAUUACGACGGGACAUUUAUAUGGAAAAUAACUGAUGUUGCUAAGCUAAAGAUAAGCGCUGAAUCAGGAAGACAACCAAGUAUCUAUUCACCACCGUUUUAUAGCUCAUUCAAUGGAUAUAAAAUGUGUAUGCGAUUAUAUCUGAAUGGCGAUGGACUUGCCAGAAGCACGCAUAUAUCACUGUUUUUUGUUCUGAUGCGAGGAGAAUAUGAUGCCAUAUUAAAAUGGCCAUUUCAUUUUAAAGUAACAUUCUGUCUGUUUGAUCAGUCUGGUCAACAACGUCACAUUAUUGACUCAUUCCGACCAGAUGUCAAGUCAGAUUCAUUUCAAAUGCCUAAAACUUCAAUGAAUGUUGCCUCGGGAAUACCGAAGUUCUGCCCGUUACCGAUGUUAAUGCAAGAUGAAAAUAAUUAUAUAAAAAGCGACACCAUGUUUAUAAAGUGUAUCGUCGAUUUUGGUGAAAUUCCGAAAAUGAUACUACCGUACACACUCAGUCUCAAUAUUGGCCUACCCGAUUACGUUCAAAAACACAUGAUUAAAACUGAAAUUGAGCGACGAAAUCAGCUAUCAUCACAAUCACAAACAAUCAAUUUACCAUCAACAUUUCAGUCUUGUGCGUAG